GAAAGCUCUGGCUUUGCGAGUCUCUUCUCCAAUGAUAACCCUUUCCGGCGAAAGCAACCAGAGCCAAAACCAGAGGAAAUCAAAGAGGAUCCGAAUUCGUCUAGUCCCGAAGGCAAAGGGAAUAAAAGAAAUGUCGAUAACGAUGAAGAAGAAACAGUUUCGCUCGUGAAGACGAAGAAAUCUAAAAAGGGGAAAACCCUAAAAUCUCCGGGUUCUGAUUUCGACGGCGAGGGUGUUGAUAAAGAGACGAAUUCGGAUGUUGUAGAAAGUGGGUUGGAGUCAAAGAGAAAGAAGAGGAAGAGAGAUGAGAUUGAGAACGAGUACGAGACGAAGAUGUACGGAACCGUAGAGAUGAAGGAGAAGAAGGUUGGUGAGAAGAGGAAGAAAGCCGACGAAGUAGCGGAUACGAUGGUCUCAAAGGAAGGAUUUGAUGAUGAGAGUAAGCUUCUCAGAACCGUUUUCGUUGGGAACUUGCCCUUAAAGAUUAAGAAGAAGCUGAUCUUGAAGGAAUUUAGUAAAUUCGGUGAAGUUGAAUCCGUCAGGAUACGUUCUGUUCCCAUUGUCGAUUCGAAGAAGACGAGGAAAGGAGCUAUCAUGUUGAAGCAAAUCAAUGAGAAAGCGUCAAGUGUUCAUGCGUACGUUGUGUUUGAAACAGAGCAAUCUGCUGAAGCUUCUCUGGCACAUAACAUGUCUCUGAUCGAUGGGAACCAUAUCCGCGUUGAUCGAGCAUGCCCGCCUCGUAAGAAACUGAAAGGUCAGGAUGAUCAUUUGUAUGAUUCAAAGAGGACAGUCUUUAUGGGUAACCUCCCUUUCGAUGUGAAGGACGAGGAGGUGUAUCAAUUGUUUACUGGUAAAAGUAACCUAGAGAACAGUAUAGAAGCUGUUCGUGUUAUUAGAGAUCCUCACUUGAACAUUGGAAAAGGAAUAGCUUACGUCUUGUUCAAAACACGGGAAGCUGCAAAUCUCGUAAUCAAGAAAGGAUAUUUGAAGCUUAGAGAAAGAGAAUUACGUAUUUCUCGAGUCAAAGCUGACGCAACACAGACAAAGAGAAAGAGCAAUCCUUCUGAAGCUUACUCGCCAGCUGAGAAAAGACAUCAAAAGGACAAAGUAGUCUCACCAGUUGCGACGACGGGGAAGGCUAAUCUUUCGUAUCAAGGUGUACGAGCUUCAAAAUCCGGUGAUGAUAAGAAGAAGCCUUAUCAGAAAAGCCCUGCUCAGUCAAAGAUGAGACCUAGAAGUAGCAACAGCAGUAGCAAUGAAGGCAACAAAGCUGGUGGUAGUAACAAUAGUGCUCUGAAGCAGCGAAGCUCGAAGCGGCCAGCGGUUGCGGCAAGAAAAGCGAAAGCAAACGCAAAAAGUUCGAAAGAGAGCAGUGGCGGUAAGCGAUUCGCAGGGACUAAGCGUAAACAGGAAAGCCGAACUCCUGAAAGCUUCUCUAAGAAGAAGAAACCAAAGCGUUGUUCUGGUUUAGCACCGUUUGUUGCAGUUGAAGACGAUAUAAGAGCUCAAAGCCCUCUAGCC